AGCGACUACGGAUAUAUAACAAAACAUGGCUUCUCUCAUGUGGUCUUUCUUGACGGUUUUGUUGGCUCUUCUUGUUGUAAACUCUUCUGCUACGGAAUUCCAAGUCGGUGAUGAUUUUGGUUGGCAGCAGCCUGGCUCAAACAACUCCGCUGUCUACUCUAACUGGGCUUCCAACAACAGGUUUCAUGUUGGAGAUUCACUCUCUUUCAAGUACAAAAAUGAUUCAGUUCUUGAGGUCGACAAAUGGGGGUAUUACCACUGCAACACAAGCCAUCCCAUCAUCGCAUUUGAUAAUGGAAAGAGCAUAAUGAAGCUUGAUAGGUCUGGCCCCUUCUACUUCAUCAGUGGAGUCCCAGAUCAUUGCAAAAAUGGCCAGCAACUGGUAGUUGAAGUGAUGGAACCUCACCCAAUUUCGCAAUCUCCACAUUCCAUUGCUGACUCACCAGAACCCCAUUUGGCUGCAGAAUCUCCUGCAUCCUCACAAAGUUUAGGAGCUGUGAUUUCUAUUACACCUUGUUCACUUGUUAUUGCUUUUCUUGUCACAAGUUUAGCUUUAGUGUGUUCAGCGCCAUAGUCGUUUUGAUCCUGGCUGUUAAAAUCUAUUGUGGCUGUGCCUUUGAUUAUCCAGUAUUGAACCUUGUUACUUUAUAAUA